UUCGUAAUGGAGAACGAUACUCUACGAAGUUAUAUAUCGCAGUCUUUCAGCCAGAGAAAUGGCGACCGGAACAGUGAAAACUGGGCCCCAGGAUUUACCACCGAGUGGAGGAUAUGGCCCUGUGCAAUUUGAGCGAAUUAAAUUACGCCAGAUUUUAUCAGCCAAAUCAACCUUACUUACAUAUGCUGCUUGCACGGGUCUUGGAUUCUUCGUAAUGUUUUAUGAGUACCGGCAAAUCAGGCGAGAAAGGGUAGAACAAUUGAGUGGACGAUUUGCAAUACAAGCUCUGUUGCAGGCUGAGAGGGAUAGACAGUUCCUUAAACAAGUCCGACGUAAUCGAGACGCAGAAGCUGACCUUAUGAAGGAUUACCCUGGAUGGCAAGUUGGAAAACUGUUUGAUGAGGCUAGGUUCAUAGGUGAUGAUCCUGAUAAAUUCAUUGAACCAAACAUUUCAGAAUAUUUUGCUCAUGCCAGAUGUGUCGGUGGAUUUUUGCAUCUGUUUAAUUACAGUCUUAAUGUUUAAAUAACUGUGUAUGUUAUUUAGUAAAAUCAUAGUAGUCAGUUACAAAUACAAAUUAAUGUUAUUCCGGUUCUAAUAAACACUUAUGAAGUAAGAAACCUAAUAAAGUAUUUUAAAAUUA